CUGACCAGUUCCAACAACGAGAAUAUUACAUCAGCACAAGGAGCUAUUUGCACAACAACCACAAUGUCAUAUCAUCGAUCAAUAACUUCUUCGGAUUCAGAGGAUGAACAUUUUAGUGAAACUGUUGAUAAGGAAAUGAGUCCGUCAGUAUCGAAAAUAAAACCUAAUUCAAAACGUAACGCAACAAGCGGGAAAAAAAAUCCAGAAACAAAAAGCCAAUGAAGAUUCACAAAUCAUACCGUGAAAAUGUUGCUGAACUUUUACAAACCGAAGAAAUUGAUGUAGACAUUAAGAAUUCUUUGACUUUUAGACAAGGAGAUGGUGUGGUUACAAUAAAAUGUCCUGUUGAUGACAAGCCGAGCCAUCUAUAUGUAAUCUCACAUUAUAAAAUGUCUAACAUAGAAAAUGUGUUGGUGAAGGAUAGAUGGAAAUUCAGCGAAGCUACCAUUAGAUUACAUACAAAUGACAACCAUCCGCUUAAUACCAGUCUUAAUCAAACAAUACAGUCGAUAUUUGAUACUAUGCUAAGAGAUCCCAAGCGUGAAACUCGCAAAAGCAAGACACCAAUUUGAUUAUUAUAUGCAAAAAUAAAUUUAUUUAAUAAACAAAACAUUAUAAUAUUAUAUUAUA